GCUUGAUGAUUUUUUGGUCGCGUCGGUUCCGAGACAGUCUCGCGGCUGUAGUAGUAGUGAUGCACCUCAUGAUGGACGCACAGACAGCACUGUCCCUCGUUGCCUCCUUCUUCCCUCUCGAAUGGCGUAUCAAGCCGACCGAGGUCGACGUUCGACCGAUCCUCGGAGGCUUCGUCAACCGCCUGUACCUCGUCUCGAGGACGACGCGAGCGGAUCGUGAACCCUCGCGAGUCCUCAUACGCCUCUUUGGUUUGGGCCCAGGACUCGAGGAACCUCCCGUUACCAGCUCGACGCUCUCGGCGACUGAACAGGCAGUGAUGUAUUACGAGAUGGGCCGUCGUGGAUGGGGGCCUAGACUUUACGGGGUGUUCAGAGGUGGGAGGCUGGAGGAAUGGAUUGAUAGUCGGACGUUGAGGGCGGACGAGGCGACGUUGUUGUGUAAGGACAUGGCGAAGAGUCUCGCGAGGUUCCACUCGUUGAUUCUUCCGCUGAGACGGACGACCUUUGGUUCGGUGGUGGAGGAGCUCAAGGCGGCGUGUGAGGCCAAUAAGGAUCACCCAUGGUUCACAGAGACUGAUUGGCCUGCCGAGUUGGACUGGGUGGCGAGCUUGUUCACGAGAUACAAGUGCAAGGCGUCACUCGCACUGAUGGAUGCAAACUAUCUCAACGUGCUCGUCAGAAACGAUGCAGAGGUCGUGCUGAUAGACUAUGAGACGGCGACAUAUGCAUACAGAGGGAUCGAUAUGGGCGGAUUCUUUACAGCGAGGAUGUACGACUGGAAUGCGAAUGGUAGCAAGUUGACCGGAUGUGCGUUACCGUCGCCCGAGGAAGAGAGGUCGUUCUGUGAGGCGUAUAAGGAGGAGCUGGGCGAGGACGACGUCGACGUGGACCAGCUGCUGGUCGAAGCGAAGAUUGGCCAGCUGUAUCAAAUAUUGUUCAGUGUGUUCAUGUGUGGAGAGUUGAAGGCUUUGGAAGAGGAUUUGCUGGAUGCUUUGGGUCACAUGCUGGAGUCGUACAAGCGGCUCAAGGCGGGGUGGCAGGGGAAUACAGAAUGGACUCAGAGGGGAUAACCUUGUGUAGGAGCUCAUAUCCGUGAGACUUUGCUCAAUGUGUGCAUGCAUACCAGGUGAAGG